GAGGCAAUCCCCGCACGGACUCUGCAGCCAAAAUUAUGUAAUGCGUGUCUCGAUCCAGACGGACAGCGCCUUUUAAUUAAAGAACGGUCAUGUGCGGAUUAAAGGAUUAGAGUCUUGGGAGCGCAGCAGUCUGCUGAUGUAGUGGAGGGUGAAAGGUAUUCAAGAAGUCCAGCCUCACAGAAAAUAUUUUUGACAAUUGUGUGGACGAAGCAGGUGCGUCAAUUGAAGCUCUUGUGUCGAAGUUGGCGCUUGUGACUCCUUGUUCCCCUCUUUCCUUCGGGAAGUCGGGAAUCUGCCGCAUUGGAGGGAAGGCAGCACUCUCUUCCAGGAGAACAGCGGGCCUGAGGGAAGCCACCUCCGCACCCUGAGAUUUCAUCAUCCGCGGUCCAACCCCGGAUCUCUCGCAUUAUCGCUGAGAGACUCGUGAAAAAAAAAACACUCUUUUCCUUUCGAAGACCACGUUGCCGCCGUUACAUGACCUUCUUGAUGAAAUUAAUUAAUUUUUAUUAUCGAAUCGAUAUUCUGUGUUUAAUUAGCCAUCAAAGAUUAACUUAAUUACCCUCGGACGAGACCGCGUUGCGCGCAGCGACUGACAGUUGACCCCGCCCGUGAAAUGGACCAGCCAAUAGCAGCAGACGCUGAGCACUUACUCCCUCCCUCCGACUCGUGUUCGCGACGAGCGUUAAGUUUUUUUUUCCAGCACUUCACCGGACAGCAAGGUGGCAGUGAAUGGCGUGAGGGGGUUCACCGCAAAAACCAAGCGGAUCCACGUAGCCGUAGUUGCGCAAGGAUGGCAGACCCGGACUCCCUGGAGGACGUUCUGCCCGCGGAGGAGAGGGAGUUUCAGAACACCAUAGCUCUGAUCGGUGGUAAAGAGAGGAUUUAUUUGGUCAGCGACGCCUGUCAAAGUAAAGAGGUGGACGGGGGCGACGGAGGGACAUUGCAGGAGUUCAUGCGUGACAUGUUUCACAGCGGCGACCGUGCGACCAGCAACGGACAGCCCCACUCCUCCAACCCGGGCAACCAGGACGACGCGGCGGGUGAAAACCUCACCUGCAGCAAGACUGAGGCAGCUAAAUGCACUGAGAUACCUCUGACGGUGCGGCCCGGGGAUCUGGAUCUGAGAACCUGUCCGGAGGGAGAGGACAUGGAGGAGGGGAGGCGGCAGACGCGCAACGGCAACGCUCAGAGAACAGCAACGAGGACCGCGAACGUUUGCAGCCUAAAGCGAGCGAUAGAGUCCUCUGUCAUCAUCUUCCUCUUCAGGGAGACAUUCGUCGGCAAGGAUUCCAACGGGGUGUGCUUAAAGGAGAUCCUGAAGGACGUAAAGGCGCGAACGAAACGUGCCAGAAUCGCCCAACCAGCUCUGAUUGGAUUAAUACGCACCGGGCUGGAGAGCGCCGAGACGCAACGGUGUGCGCAACUCCUGGAGUGUCGGAUCCGCUCAGUGUUCAACAGACAUCCACCAGAGACAAUAUGGGUCGGCUGUUUCAUCCCGAAGACGGAGGCCAAAAUGCUCAGCAUCAAGAAAAACGCCUGCAAAGUUAUAUACUCAUCUCAAACUGCAGAUAAUACCAGAAAUAGAAGGAACCCGCUUUUCUGGCCAUUCCGAUGUUUGUUCUGGCCUCAGAGAAGAGGAGCAGGAGGUCAGGCAAACAGCUCUACAACCAGCAGGCAAAGAGGUGACGCUGGAAGUGUAGAGGAAGGCAUCCCUCUGAAAACCAAUUCCAUGACUGCUGGACGUCAUGUGAAUGGAGAACCAGCUGGAGGGGACAGCUGAUGGCAGGACAUGUGACCUUUGGCUGCAGGCCUAUCACUAUGGACAACUCUGGUUUUACCGUUAAGAGAAAAGUUGGCCCCAUGGUGCUACAGAGCCUUAUAACGUCUUAUAGUGUUUCUUCAUGGUACUCAAUAUCCCCACUGCUGAGCCAACGUGAUUCUUGUCCUAUAGCAAUACGUUGUUAUAGUCAAAUGUACACAUUGUCUUUGAUCAAGACGGGUUUUAUUGUGUAUGUGCAGAUCAGUUAGUCACACCAGCUGUAUCACAUUAACGCCACAGUUUUUUUGGCAGAGACCUUUAGCUGGACACAUGUACGUUACCUUAUGACAGGUUGGGACUGCAGAAUGGUGACGCUAGUCAUUUUACAGCACAAGUACUCCUUUAUCGCGAUACAUGGUGAAACACAGGACGAGAUUAGCGACUGGACAAAGAGGGCAACUGCUCCGUGGGCCCCCAAAACUCCAGGCUUACUGUGUGUCAGCUGGCUUGAACCAAUUAAAUCAAACAUUAUUUUGGAAUAUACACCAUUAAAGCACAAUAUCAUCUGACACAAUAAGGGCCUUAAGGUGGGUUGUUCUUUAUUAAUGUACCUGACUGUGAAGCCCUAUAUUUAUAAAGGGUCCCUGUGUCAACAUUUAGUUUGAAAACCCAUAUUAUGCUAGUUUAACAUGCACUCACUGAGCACUUUAUCAGUAUGGGGAAAUAUGUGAUCUCAGUGACUUUGACCUUGGCAUAUUUUUUGAUGUCAGAGUAUUUCUGAAACUGCUGAUCUCCUGGGAUCUUCGUACACAAUAUUCUCUAGAGUUUACGUAGAAUGGUGGCAAAAGCUAAAAACAUCCCGUGAGCAGCAUUUCCGCAGACUGAAACACUUUGUUGAUGAGAAAGGUCGGAGGAGAAUGGCCAGACUGGUUCGAGCUGACAGAAAGGCUUCAGUGACUCAGAAAACCAAUCUUUAAAACUGUGGUGAGCAGAACAGCAACUCAGACCACAUAGUAUGGAGGAUUGUUGCUGAACCGCGUGCAUCCCUUUAAGGCCACAGUUUACCCUCUUCUAAUGACUACUUCCAACAUGAUAAUGCACCAUGUCACAAAGCAAAAGUAACCUCAGACUGGUUCCAGGAACAUGACAAUGAGUUGAGUGUACUUCAGGGGCCUCCUCAGUGACCAGAUCUGAAUCCAACAGAACAUCUUUGGGAUGGGCAGCUGACAAAUCUGCAAAAAUGAUGUGAUGCAGUCAUAUCAACAUGGACCAGAAUCCCCCAGGAAUGUAUCCAUCAUGUUGGGAAUCCACGUCUCGAAGAAUUGAGGCUUUUUUGAGAGUGAAGGGAGGCCCUACCGAGUAUUAGUAUGCUAUUCCUAAUAAAGUGGUAACUGAGU